AUGGAGGUUUCGACACUUUUGGAUUCGAAGGAAUUGAAUCGAUUAAAUGGGAUAGAAAAAGUUGUGGCAAAGGGAGACUUAGAGAAGGAUAAAGAUACGGGAAAACAAAGUGUGGGAAAAAAAGAUCGAGAGAUUGGAUAUCAAGGAAAUAAAGAAGAUAGUGGGGAGAAUAUCCAGGUGGAUUGUAUAGAGGAUUUGGAAAACUUGUCAAAGGACGACGGAACGCCGGGAGCGGAAAAUAAAGAGGUUGACUACAGUUCUGGAAUUGUUGGAAUUGGAAUUGGACUUGGAAGUGAGGAGAAGAAUAACGAUACUAUUCUUGAAAAAGAAACGCAUCAUUAUCACGACAUGCCGAAAGGUUGGACAGCCAUGAGAGAUCCAAGAGGAAAGCAGAAACAAAAACAGAAACAUAAACAUAAGGCAGGGGAAAGAGCCAAUGGAAAUACGCAUACAUAUACAACACAUACGCAGGCCGAUAUGACGAAUGCGGAAAUAUCGAAAUCACAGGAAGAUGGUAAUGAUGGGGGGGUGGUAGAGGGAGAAAUCGAAGAUCUAGAUGAUUUGGAUUUGAUGGAAUUGAAUAGCGGGGAUGAUUUAUUACCAGAUGAGGAAGAGGGGGGUAUAAGGAGGGGUGGAAGUGCUGGAAAUGCAGCGCGCAGAAUGGGUGGGGCUGCUGAUGAGGGGUUGGAAAGAGGAAGAGGAAGUACGGAUCGCGAUACUGUGAGCUCGGAUGCGGGUCACUUUAGGGUUUAUAAGAGGAGAUGGUUUGGUUUGGUUCAAUUGGUUCUUUUGAAUAUUAUUGUUAGUUGGGAUUGGUUAACCUUUUCCGCAAGUUCGACGACCGUCUCUCAAUACUACAAUGUAUCCGAAUCAGCGAUAAAUUGGCUCAGCACCGGGUUUCUCUUCGCUUUUGUGCUUGCAAGUCCGUUUGUUAUCUACGUCCUGCAUCAUGGAGGUCCGAAACCUGCUAUCCUUAUUGCAUCCGUACUUUUGUUACUUGGAAAUUGGAUACGAUAUGGUGCAACGAGAUCUGGUCCACAUGGCAAUUUUGGAGGUGUAAUGGUUGGACAAAUUCUAACGGGUGUUGCUCAGCCUUUUGUACUGGCAGCACCUACUAGAUACUCGGAUUUGUGGUUUACGAAUCAGGGAAGAGUGGCUGCAACUGCGGUUAUGAGUUUGGCUAAUCCUUUUGGUGGUGCUUUGGCGCAAUUGAUUGAUCCCUUUUGGGCUGCAAAUGCUGGGAGUAUACCAAAUAUGGUUCUUUACAUUGCAAUUAUUUCAUCAAUAGCCACCGUUCCAUCUUUCUUCAUUCCCAAAGAACCGCCUACUCCCUCUUCUGCAUCAUCAGAAGAACCAAAACAUGCAUUAGGACCUUCGCUUAACUUCCUUCUUCGAUCCCCCGAAUUCUACAUGAUAAUGUUCCCCUUCUGGUUCUUCGUCGGCCUCUUCAACUCCCUCUCAUCCCUCAUAAACCAAAUGCUCUCUCCCUAUUCCUUCUCAGAAACCAACGCCGGUAUCGCCGGCGCCCUCCUAAUAGUCGUCGGUCUCGUCGCCGCAGCAAUCACCUCCCCUCUAAUCGACAAAACCAAAACCUACCUCCUCGCCAUCAAAAUCCAAAUCCCCAUCCUAAGCAUCUGCUACCUCGCCUUCACCUGGGCACCGCAAACCCGUAAUCUCGCCGCCAUCUACGCCAUCCUCUCAAUUCUCGGCGCCGCAUCAUUCAGCCUCGUCCCCGUCGCCCUCGAAUACCUCAUCGAAAUCACCCAUCCUGUAUCCCCUGAAGUCACCAGCACGAUUUGUUGGUCUGGUGGUCAGUUACUGGGUGGCAUUUUCAUUAUUGUUAGUGAUAAGCUUAGGGCGAAGGGUGCGGAGGAUGGAUCGCUAGAUGAUGGGAGUACGAGGCCGCCGGGGAAUAUGUAUAAUGCGCUUGUUUUUCAGACGGUUUUGGCGGCCGUGGUGAUGCCUCUUCCGUUGGCGUUGGGGUGUUGUGGGAGGAGGAAGGGGGUGAGGAUGAGGAGGUUGGAGGCGGAUAAGGAGGCUAGGGGGAGGAGGGCUGCGGGUGGAAGUGGAGGUGGGGGUGGUAAUGGGGGUGUUGUUAUUUAG